AGUUUCAGUGUUUCAGAUUUUUGACUCGAUAUAAAACUUAUUGAAAAUGUCUGGUCGCGGAAAGGGUGGUAAAGGUUUGGGUAAGGGUGGUGCCAAGCGUCAUCGCAAGGUUUUGCGUGACAACAUCCAGGGUAUCACUAAGCCCGCCAUUCGCCGUCUCGCUCGUAGGGGUGGUGUUAAGCGUAUCUCUGGUUUGAUCUACGAAGAGGUCCGUGGUGUUCUUAAGGUUUUCCUUGAGAACGUCAUUAGGGACUCUGUCACCUACACUGAGCACGCCCGCAGGAAGACUGUGACUGCUAUGGACAUUGUCUACUCAUUGAAGAGGCAAGGCCGUACUCUUUACGGUUUCGGUGGUUAGACUCACUGAACUUUUGGUACUGAAGUUACCUUGAAAAUCUCUCAUCUCAUCACUCGCCUAAAUAUCUCGCAUUAGGUUUCACUUGAAACCGAACU